AACUUGAGCUGCCUGCAGUGUCGGCUGCUGGCCAGAUCAACUGCAAGAUGGUAGGACAGCAGCCUUUUUUCCCUGUGCCAUGCUCGUUGAGUAAAAGUCAGGAGCAGCAGCUAGUUUGGGGAAAAUUAUUUCUCGAGCACUGUGUUUUGUACUCUUUGGGGGGGCUGGAGCCUUCCUGUCAAUCAGAGAAGUCUAAGGCGCGGCCCUUUAAAAGUGGCCACCUCGGAAAAGCUUCUCAUUUCGAUUGGGAGGUUUCAAUGAGCUCUGGCAACUGUUCGGGUAUUUUCUUUCACCCCAUGGUUGCUGGGUGGCCACGCUUCUUUUGAGUGCGGGGAAUGUUUUACUCGGAUAUCCUGAAAGAAAAUCGACGCCAACAAAUGGAUAUCCGAGAGGCUGCCUCUCUCCGCCAGCAGAGGCGGAUGAAACAAGCAGUACAGUUCAUCCAUAAAGACUCGGCGGAUUUACUGCCCCUGGAUGGUCUCAAAAAACUGGGAACAUCCAAAGAAACCCAACCACAUAACAUUUUGCAAAGACGUUUACUAGAAACCAACUUGUCAAAAUUCCGAGCCAACAAUCGAGAGACAUGGUCUUCUAAUAAUUCAUUUCCAGUUCAGAACAUAAGUUUUCAUCAAACCAAACAAGAAUUUCACAAAAAAACACAGGAAGAGGACCUAAUAUUUGUGCGUUGCAAGUGUGCUGGAAAAGAGAUGAAAGUGCAAAUUGACACUGGUUCUCGAUAUAAUCUCAUUUCAUCUGCCUGUGUGGAUAAACUAGGGUUGCAAGAACUUAUGAAAACAGAGAAGGAUGACACUGAAAAAUAUGGAAUGCCACUUAUUUCAAAGAUUACAGGACAAAUAGAAAAUGUUGGAAUUACUUUAGGACAACUCAAUGUUGAAUGUUCAGCAGCUGUAGUAGAUGAUGAUGACAAGAAUACCCUUUCCCUUGGGCUGCAGACAUUAAGGUCUUUGAAGUGCAUCAUUGAUAUGGAAAAGCAAUAUUUAAUCCUUGGAGAGAAGGAAAAAGAGGAGAUUCCCUUUCUAGGAAUUGACAACAUUGAAGACUGCUCUCCAUAAAUUACAGAUGAAAGUUGAUUCUGAAUUGUGUGGCAGUUAAUUACAGAGAUGCUCUUCAGUGGUUAGUGCACAAAUAUGACCAAAUAUACAGUAUAUUGCUUCUGUAAUUUCAAUUUACACAUUUUGCUUCUUCAGCAUUGCCACUGGCCAGCAUUACACUUUGGCUGUUAAAUUUCCCAAGCAUUUAGUUUAUCAAUUAAAUCUAAUUUUGAUUAUUUAGUAUUUGCAUAGAGUACAAUAUUAAUUACAAAGAAUAUUUUACUCUGCUUUGUGUAGAAGUGUUGGAUUUAAUUUAUUUUCCAAAGUAAUAUCGUUCUGUUUUAUGGGAUAACCUUCGUUCACCUGUGCACUCUGUGAAAGUGAAAGAUUAACUUUACUAUUCCUACUCAGACUUGUAAUCCUGGUGAUUUCACUAUAUGUUAAAAUCCGCUAAAGUCUCUAACUUUAUUGCAUAUAUUUAGAUACUAUAGACAUUUAAUAAUGGCUACAGUAUGACAAAUAAGUGAAAUAAUGUUACAUUCUGUGAGGUUUAAAGACAACUUUUAUAAGUGCAAGCAUCAUCCGGAUUAUAUGUGAUAAGCCUACACUUGUGUAGAAUUCCAUACUUUAAACAUUGAAAAGAUUUCUGUUUUCAAAAUAAGGCCUAUCUUUUUUCUUGUGUGAUCUAUACAUAACCAUUUAUUCUUUCCAAAUGUUGAUUCUUGUGCAUAAAGAAUCAUAGAACAAUUAUUUUUAGAGAAUAUUAAUGUAGUCCUUUAAGAAUUGAGAUGCAACUUGAACAGAUUGAUAUACUUGGGUCAUUCACCACUAUCUUCAGUUGAUUCGGAUCACUUUUGACACAAACUAUGAACUUUAACUGUUCCAUAUCUAUAGUAGGUGAUAGAGUUUAUUGAUUUGCAGAGUAUAAUAGUAUGAAAUGAGGGGAAGAUAUGGGAUUGCAUCCUGAAAUUUAACAUGUAUUUAUUUGCUGGUCUUUGGUUGUCUUGGGAAGUCUUCCAACAAAGUGGGAAAUUCCAUUAGUGAAUCAUUCCAGAGUAACGUUUUGGUUUGUUCUCACAUUGGCAUAAGAGAGCAGUUAAAGGAGACAAAUAAGCUAAGUACUCUCUAUCCAUGAACUAAAGAGGGUUUAGUGAUAUUGGAAAAAAUGAAAAACACAAGGAUAGUAGAACAUAGAACAGUAUAGCACAGUAUAGGCCCUUUGGCCCAUGAUAUUGUGCCGAGCAUUUAUGUUAAUCUA